CGUAAAUAAAGACCAUACCAUGCAUAAGAAUGUCGCAACGAAGAUAUUAAGUUCGAGUAGCAUUAAAGCUUUUCUGGCAAAAGUACGAUAUUGUUGUGAUGGAUCUAUAUGUCAUUACAUAAGUUCGGUACCAAUAAUUGACCAAAUCCAUGGCGCUAUCUAACAGAAGUGGUGUGGGAAUGUUGGCGUUUUUUGAAUCGGUUAUACAGGACCAAAUCCCUACCGAAUUAUGCGUGAAGUGGAUGGAAAUUCUCGAAAAAGUUGGAUUUUCAAGGACGUUCAGACAGAAUUACGAUUCAUGGUUUCAAGUAUGCUUCCGAUCGUGGGACGAGCUGCGCUCGCUGGGCCACGAUCACGCGGCUGACCGGAAGCAGCAGCUAUUUGCCGCACUCAGGGAGGCGGUAGAGGAGAGAGACGGCGUGAACAAGGUUGAUACCACUUUACUUAAACUGGAACUGGCUGAAGUCGAGAACAAGUUUGGCGAUUCGAUCGUGGACGUGGUCAUUCAAUGCGUCCAAAGGGAGGAGCAAUUGAUACAGUCUUUCAUUCAGUCGCACGUUGAGCCGACGUCACCGGAAGAAGAUCUCGACAGCCGUCUGGCAUCAGUCUUCAGCGGCCUCCAACAUGGCUAUCAGAACUUACAGGAAACAUUGGAUUCGUUAAUACGACUCGAUGAACAAUACCGAAACACGGGGAGCGACUCCGUUAUUGUACCACUUCAAGAUUUGCAGGCUUAUCAGAAAGACCAAAUGAAUGUUGAGUGUGAAGAACUCCCUGAUUUUACACAGCUGAUUUCUGGUGAAGAAACCGUGCAGUUGAUCAUACAGAAACAAAAUGAGUCUGUACGUCUGUUUGAGGACUUGCUGGAGAAAGUGUCGCGUGGCAGUCACGUUAUACUGAAUGACGUCAUUGCAUGGAGGAACAGGUUCAAACUUCACUAUGCGGAGCUGGACGCAGACGAACCGAAAAUCGAUGUUAUCGCAGAAUGGUGCGCCAAGACAGGGUCGCUGAUUUACGAUCUCAAGACAUCCCUAUGGCCCAAGCUGGACAACCAAAUCAUCGACGACUCUGUAAAAACAGCCUUCAAGAAUAGACUGGACACACUGUUCAUAGAUUAUAUGCAAGGUUCCUUUCUCGUCUGCAAGCAAGAUAACUACGUCCUCAGAAGGGAUUCGAAGAAGCUAAAAGUCAAUUUGAGACUGCUUGCCGCCGACCACUUGUCGUCCAUACUUAUGGAUGACGUCAGGGCUUACCUCGUAUCGGAGGCCGAUCUGAACAACUGCUGCGAACAUGAGCCAAAUCAAAGACGUUGCGUUCCUAACGCCCGCAAGCUUGCGAUGAAAACCGUUGGGUUCGAAGGGACUUCAGGUAGCGCGAAAUUUACCGCCGACGCCGGAGGAAAGGUGGAAGUUGUUUUUAAGGGCAUGAAGAUCAAGAAUUUUCAGCGACCUGAGUCGGGCCGACAGAUACACGAGGAACGCUACCAGAUUGUGUUUGUCACAGAAGUGGAACACGUCACCCUCUGGACGUUGUCGUUGCCCCUGGUGAUAACGACCGGUUCUAACCAGCAGUGUCACAGCCUGGCAUCAGUCACGUGGGCCUGCUACAGCUCCGAUGUGUACUCACUUCCGGUAUCGGUGCGCGACGAACUCCCCCUUGCGGAGGUGGUGGCGAUGUUGGAGGCCAAGACGAGAACGCUGUGUGCAUCUAGGGGACUCACCGAGGACAAUAAACAGCAUCUGAAAGCACGACUUAUAGGAUCCGACACAUUUACAGACGAGACGCCAGUGACCUUGCAAAAGUUCUGCUUUGAGAGAAUGAAGCAACCUAAAGAUGAGAGCGGGGACUCGGAGUACCUCGGGUUCUCGUUCUGGCAGUGGUUCGUGGCCUGCUGCAACCUCGUGGAACAGUUCCUACUUCCCUACUGGAAGGAAGGACUGAUUGUCGGGUUUAUCAGCAAGCGGGACGCGAAGGAGCGGUUGUGCAUGCUGGAUUACCGGAAGUGCGGCACCUUCAUUCUGCGCUUCUCGGACACGUUCAUUGUUCACAGCCAGGGCCUUACCAAGAUGUAUGCGCAUCUGAGAGCUUGCCUGUUGUACUCGAAGACGAACAAAGCCGGGGAACAGAGGCUGGUCGUCUGCGAUAGCGUGGAUGUAGCCGGGCACCGGCAACUUGACCUCAGCAGUCUCGCUUUCAUCCUGGAGGGUUCCCGGCUCUCCAACGACUCCGCCCCUUGCUACCGCUAUGUGUACCCGACCAUGAAGCGUCGAGAAGAUACAUUUGACAAGCACAUUCAUUCAAAAAAUAAUGUUGGAUCGUACAGAGACGUGAAGGCACAGUGGUGUAUAGACGUUGAUCAGGAGAAAACGGGUGACGAGACUCAUGCAGGAAAACGUACACGAUCAAUGGAGGGAACUGCAAUCUCAGCUCCAUCUAAGAGAACUCAGGCCACAUGCCGCUCUCGAAGUGUGGAUCACACGCGGCGCAAGAUCACGGGCUUGACGUCCAACGCCUUCCAGACUACCGGAAGUGAUUCCGUUGACCACCACUCUCUGACGCGUGCCACUCAUGCAGUCACCACAUCCGCGUCGGAGAUGCCAAGUUUGACAGUUGACGACAUUAAUGCUUUGGUUCUUAUCCACCGUUCUUCUGUCAACCCUUGUGUGUCCAUAGAGCAACAUGUUACAAGCAAUACAGUAAUCGCAGACCAACAAAUACCGUGUUACUCUCAGUGCACGACUAUGGCCGAAAACAACGUAAUCGGAAGCUUUUUAACUGUCAAUCAGACAUUGAACAACGUUGUGCUCAGUGGAUCAACAGAAUCAACGCAAGACGUGUGCCCUAUGUCCAAUCUGCAUACGGCGUGCGUGUUUCAAAUCAGAAAUUUGUUGUCCGCACUGCCUCUUGAAGACAGGUAUAGUGUCAUCCAGGAGGUGACGCAAUGCGUUCAUUUCAUCGAUAGGUGUGGUGAAAGUGGGGAGAGACAGCCGCCUAUCGACUCGGAACAUCCGGAUAUUGUUAUCAGUUCCGGCGACCUGGCUACAACCAGCGGAGACCUAGAUCUGAGCAGCAUAAUGGACACUGGCUCGUUUGGCAGCGAAUAAAGACACGCUGUAAAUGUGAUUGAAUCGCGCUCUGAGAAAACGCUGUGAAAUGCAUGUGCAUAAAGAGUCGUUCCAAAUUAGCCUGUGCAGUCCGUACAGGCUAACCAGGCAUGAAACUUUUCGCCUUAGCUUAUUUUCCGUGAAGAAGAGUUUUCCUUUAACCCUUUGCAUGCUGGGAAAUUUGUCAUCUGCUAAAAUGUCGUCUGCAGAAUUUCUAAAAUUAGCAUUUUCUUCGAAUUUUUUUCAAAGAAUACUAUCAGAAUAGCAAACAGUUUGGAUCCAGAUGAGACGCCACGUUCUGUGGCGUCUCAUCUGGAUCCAAACUGUUUGCAAAGGCCUUUAAAAUUCAGCUCCAGCGCUUUAAGGGUUAAAUGAAGAUUACAAUAAAAGCGGUAAGUAUCGUCACGGAGAGGCGUGUAAGACAGCACAGACUAAUCUGGGACGAUACUUUACGCACAUGAAUUAUACCCCCUUUACCCAGAACGAGGCUCAUAUAUAAGUACGAUACAUGGCGCAUUUCGAUCAUCGGAAAUCCUAUUGAACUAUUUUAUUAACGUUGAUAUGCUUUAGAUAUUUCAAUAAGUGUUUAGCUUGUUUGCAGACAUACAUUCCAACUAUAAGUUCAACUUCCUCUGUUUGGUUUCUUAAAUUUGAGCUUAUUGCAUUUAAAUAUUCAUCAUUAUACUAGCUGGAACAACUGUGAAUAAAUUAUCCUCUACAGUUGUGACCAUCGAA